UAAAUUGAAGAACACUUAGAGCAAUCUUUCCUCUUCCUGUCUUGUGUCCGUGUUAUAUCAAUUUAUAAUCGUCAAUAUACAGAGCUUAUUCAUUUUUAAGCCAAAUCGAAAGUAGAGUCUAUUUGUUGGUAUUUAGGACAUUUUAGCAUUAAAGAAUGGACGAUGUUCUCUUCCAGACCAUGGGUUGGCGGUGGCCUGUAUUGACUGUUUCCUGUGCUGUUUUUGUAUAUUACUACAUAUACAGCCGCAGUGAUCCACGUGUAUCUGGCCACGUGUCAGCAAACAGCUCCUACGACUAUAUAAUUGUGGGAGCAGGGACGGCGGGUUGUGUUCUCGCCACCAGACUGUCCGAGCACCCGGAUAUUUCAGUCUUGCUCCUGGAGGCGGGCGGGUCAGAGGAAGAUAACCCCGUCAUCCGGGUACCUUUUGCGGCUCUAGAACUUCAGAAUAGUGAGGUAGACUGGGCGUAUAGAACUGAGCCCCAGCAGAAGGCGUGCCUUGGCAUGGACAAACAGAGAUGUGCAUGGCCCAGGGGGAAGGUUCUGGGAGGGUCAGGAUCUAUAAACAAUCUAAUUUACGUCCGAGGAAAUCGCCAUGACUAUGAUGGCUGGGCGAGGGAAGGCUGCGAUGGUUGGAGCUACAAGGAGGUACUACCGUACUUCAUCAAAUCCGAGGACAUUCAAAUACCGGAAUUUAGAAACUCAGCUUACCGCGGUAAAGGGGGACCACUCCCUGUUAAGGAUGGCACCGUCACUCCCCUUGCUGACAUAUACAGACAGGCAAUGGAGGAAUUAGGGUACACAGACACAGACUGCAACGGCAGAACCCAGACAGGGUACUGUCCCACACAGGAGAACGUCAUGGGAGGGGAGAGAUGGAGCACAGCUCGAGCCUUCCUCCGGCCCGCCAUGAAUCGCCCCAACCUCCACGUCAUAAUGAACGCCCACGUCACCAAGAUUUUGACAGAUGAAAAGACGGUGACAGGUGUGUCCUUCAUCAAAGACAACAUAAAACACACCGUAAGGGCCACAAAGGAGGUCGUGUUGACAGCCGGCGCCAUUAACAACCCCCAGCUACUUAUGCUGUCCGGCAUAGGGCCAAAGAAACAUUUACAGCAAAUGAAUAUUCCGGUUAUGGCCGACCUUCCGGUUGGAGACAAUCUACAGGAUCACAUCUUGAUGGGGGUCACCUUCAAUGACCGGACCAAUAGCGCGGGGGCGGCGCUGCCCUCACUGGCCACCAUGUUACAGUACCUCAUCUUUCGGUCAGGCACACUCAGCGAACCACAUUUAGAAGCCAGUGUAUUCAUUAAAGACGACGACAGCCAAUUUCCUUCAACACAAUUUACGUUUUAUAGCAUCCAGAACCAUCCAGAACUUAUCGACAAAUUCAUUAAGCUGACGAAUCUUGAUCCAAAGAUAAGAGAUGGGAUGCGAGAGAGAUUCCAAAAAAGCAUCAACACAGAAAUAGGGACGUUUUUUGUAGAAAAUAUACUUCUCCACCCAAAAAGUCGUGGAACUAUUCGACUUCAAAGUGCAGACCCGUUUGAUCCUCCGCUCAUUGAUCCCAACUAUUUAGAUCACCCGGAUGAUGCAAAGGUCCUCCUUAAAGGUAUAGAUACGAUGAUGAAAAUAGCCAAUACAACCGCGUUCAGGUCUAUUGGCGCCUCACCUAACGACCCCUCGGACGAGUACCUGCCCCCAUGUAAUGAACUGCCUUUCCCCUCUAAGGAGUAUUGA